UCCUUUUACAAGAGCUUCAGCCUUAUGGAAAAUGAUGGCUACCCUUGCACACGCUCCCUCCUCUGCCUUGUGAACUCAGGGGGAGCUGGAACAUAUCUCUGAUGGUGGAUGUGUGUGGAAUUUACCCAUGAUGUGUGCGGCCUCUGUUGGAAGCUUCCAUCAUUUCCCUCACUCCUGUAUUGAGAAACUGAGCCCAGUGCUUGUCUGAGUAAAACCACAACAUGGGAGAAAAGCUUACUCAAUAUCUCCUUGGGAUGAUAGGAAACACCGAGUCAGCAGUGCUCAGGGUCUGUGGUACCAGUUCUGUAAACUGCUGGAAUAUUGAAUUUUAAUCAGCCUCAGAGAAUAAAGUACAGAUUAUUUUUUUAUGGGAAAUUUGCUUAUCUGCAGUUUGUCCCCAAUUCUACUUGAAGCAUAAAAUGCACUGCUGUUAGGUAAUCUGGCGCACAAUCCUGCGGAGUGCCGAGUGACUUCUGUAAGAGGUGAAGUGCUACCAAUACCUCUUAUUUGUAAUGGGAAUAGAAGGUGAUCAGCACCUGGCUGGAUCUGAGCCCUGAUGAAACAGGCCAACCUGAUUUUCUGCUUUAAUAAGAUAAGCUAGUAAUAAAAAAAUAAAGGCCGGAACAAAAAAAGAUAGUAUCUUCCAAUCUAUAAACUACUGAACAAUGACACUUCAAGUGACUUGUGAUUGCUAUAAUUAUUAACUUAAUAAAAGAAGCCAGAGCCUCACAGUCUCUUUCUCUGCAAACACCUCUACUACCAGCACUAGCAUGACUGAAAGGAGGACAGCUGGCUCAUCUGGUUUGGCUGCAGAGCGAAACAAAGGGAUGGAGACUUUAAGGUUGAAGCGUGAGGUCGGACUGAUUAGUGCCAUGUCAUUGAUUGCAGGCACCAUGAUUGGCUCUGGGAUCUUUAUGUCUCCAGAGUGGGUGCUGUACCAUAUGGGUAGCCCUGCCGGCAGUCUCAUCAUCUGGGCUGCUUGUGGUCUGCUGGUGAUGUUUGCAGCCCUGUCUUAUGCUGAGCUUGGGACCAUAAUUAAAGAAUCCGGAGGAGAAUACAUUUACAUUUUGAGGAAUUUUGGUUCUUUUCCUGCUUUCCUUUUUGCGUACACCUCUGUCAUUAUGGUGAGGCCUGCCAGUGUGGCAGGUGUCUCUCUAAGCUUUGCUGAAUAUGCUGUUGCUCCAUUUUAUCCAGGAUGCUCCCCACCUCAGGUACUGGUCAAAUGUACUGCUGCUACCUGUAUCUUGCUGUUGACCGUUAUCAACUGUCUCAAUGUGAAGUUGGCUACCUCUGUUAUGAAUGUAUUUACAGCUGCCAAACUCCUGGCUUUACUGGUCAUUGCAGUGGGCGGAAUAGUGUUGCUCAUCAAUGGACAAACUCAAAGUUUCCAGAAUGCCUUUCAAAACACAACAGCAGGUAUUGGACCGGUUGGAGUGGCAUUUUAUCAGGGACUCUGGUCUUAUGAUGGAUGGAACAACCUGAAUUAUGUGACCGAAGAGCUUAAGAAGCCUGAAGUGACCCUUCCCAGAGCUGUGAUGAUUGCCAUUCCUUUGGUAACAUGCCUGUAUUUGCUGGUAAAUGUGAGCUACUUUGCAGCCAUGACACCAGCUGAACUUCUUUCUUCAGGUGCUGUGGCCGUCAGCUGGGGGAACAAAGUCCUGGGCAGCUGGGCCUGGCUGAUCUCCUUGGCAGUUGCCAUCUCUACAUUUGGGUCUGCAAACGGCACGUUCUUCAGCGGAGGCCGCAUGUGCUACAUUGCUGCCAGAGAAGGUCACAUGCCAGAUAUUCUGUCUAUGGCUCAUGUGCGAUGCUUCACGCCUUCCCCUGCCCUGAUAUUUACAUCGGCAAUGUCUUUACUGAUGAUAAUACCAGGAAACUUCAGCAGCAUUGUCAACUUUUUCAGUUUUGUAGCUUGGAUUUUCUAUGGCACAACUAUUGCUGGUCUCCUGUAUUUAAAGAUCAAGAAACCGGAACUGCCAAGAGCUUAUAAGGUUCCAAUUUUUAUGCCGAUAAUUAUUCUGAUUGCAUCUGUGUACCUGGUGCUUGCACCCAUCAUCGACCAGCCCCAAAUGGAGUUCUUCUACGUCAUUCUGUUCAUUCUCAGUGGGGUCAUUGUCUAUUUCCCUUUGGUUCAUUUUAAAUGUCACCCCCGGUUCUUACCAGGGGUCACUUUGCAUCUCCAGCUGCUCCUGGAAGUUGCUCCUGCUGCUAAGAACGUGAACUGAUUCAACAUUAAUCCUAUGGCACUGCUGGCUGCUCCCACUUAGUAGAUUUUGCAAGACAGGUGUAAAACAGCUUGUCUGUAGGGCAGUUGUUCCCAAAAUAGGGGUUGUGACCCCAAACAGGGUUACGGCACUUACAGACCAGGGUUGUGAAUCUGACAGAAAUUCAGUUGUGCAGGUUAGGCUUGGACUGGGAGUGAGGUCACAAACAAACUGGAAACUGCUGCUGCAGGAGAAAAGGGUGAAAACGGCACCAAAAUGUCAACAAGAAAGGGGCAGGAGGGGCCAGCUGAAGAUUUCUUAUGCAUUUCCUUGGGAUCUCUUUAAAUAGCGGGAGGAUGCCUGAUGACCUCCACACCUGUGCUUCUCCCACUACAAUUUCUGAGGCAGCAGACUACAGACUGUACCAGGAGGGAUCGACUCUUUCAUGAGAGACAACUAUUCCCCAGAGAAGUUGGUGGCUUCAUUUCAUAAUGGCAUCCAGCCUCAUGACUGGCAGUGUGCUGUUAUUUCUGUAGCAAGAUGCAACCUCCAUCGGUUUCCCAUAGUAGGCCCUAAGUUAUUUCCACCACAAACCCCCAUCACAUAAAUGCAACCUGCAGGGAAAAAAGAAACUUCCAUGACAAAAGCCAGCUGAACAUCACGUAGGAAAUCUGUGGUUUAUUCGGACAACGUGCUGCCAUCUUCUGAGUCCCGCUCUAGCCUUGCAUUCAAUAACGAGCCAUGAUUUCACCCUGUAAGCUACUUUAAUACAAAUGGUAAAUGGGCUGGGCAAUAAUGAUGAAUAAGGCUGAUACAUCAGCACUGUUUGGAUAACUAGCCUCUACCUUGUUUUAGUUUGUGUGGGAAUGCCAGGGGCGCGGAAAAACCAUAAGCGUCAUUCCUUUGGUCUGACUCUUCUCAGCAGCAGUCUGUAUGCAGCAUUACUAUUGUGUUAGCAUUUUUAUUAAUGCUGUCUGGGGUUUACAAGUACACUAAAAUGUAAAUUGCUAAUGAUGUUUACACAGCCAAAAAUAAGUUGCUUCGUGCUUAUAGCAUUGUAAGAUAAUUACAUUAAAAA